AUGGUCAUCAAGGGUGUGGCCGAGGAGAAGCUGACUUGCUGGUUACUGAAAGAUGCCAGCAGGACAAGUAGGAAGCUGAAAGGAGUGGGCAACAUGGAAUGGGUGGCAAGGAGGAAGGUGUGGAUAGCAGUGCAAGGAAAAAAAGGAAAAGAAUUUAGAAAAUCAGUGCCAGGUUGCUUUGGUUACCCAGUCAGUAUCUUCUUCAUUGUCAUCAAUGAAUUCUGUGAAAGAUUCUCCUAUUAUGGAAUGCGAGCUGUGCUUGUCCUCUAUUUCAAGUAUUUCCUCCACUGGGAUGAUGAUCUUUCUACAUCAAUUUACCAUACAUUUGUGGCCCUCUGCUAUUUAACACCUAUCCUUGGAGCACUUAUAGCUGACUCCUAUUUGGGAAAGUUCAUGACCAUUAUUUCCUUGUCCAUUGUAUACACAGUCGGGCAAGCUGUCUUGUCAAUAGGUUCUAUAAGUGAGUUAACAGAUGGCGACAGGAAUGGAGUCCCAGAUAAUAUGAAUGUUCACAUUUCUCUUUCUAUGGUUGGCUUGGUUCUUAUAGCUCUUGGAACUGGUGGCAUCAAGCCAUGUGUAGCUGCAUUUGGAGGAGAUCAAUUUGAAGACCAUCAGGAAAAACAAAGAAACAGGUUCUUCUCUAUAUUUUACCUGGCCAUCAAUGCUGGAAGUCUUAUCUCCACCAUAGUCACUCCAAUUCUCAGAGGUGAAGUAUGUGGAUUUCAUGUCAAACAACAAUGUUACCCUCUCGCGUUUGGUGUCCCAGCUAUGCUGAUGGCGAUUGCACUAAUUGUGUUCGUCAUUGGAUGUGGCAUGUAUAAGAAAGUUAAACCUCAAGGAAACGUAAUGGUCGAAGUUGGCAAAUGCAUUGCGUUUUCCAUCAGAAACAGAUUUAGAUAUCGCAGCAAAGCCUAUCCCAAGAGGGAACAUUGGCUGGACUGGGCUAGAGAGAAAUACACUAAACGUCUUAUCACUGAGAUCAAAAUGGUCUUGAGAGUAUUGUUCCUGUACAUUCCUCUUCCUAUGUUUUGGGCGCUCUUUGAUCAGCAGGGAUCCAGAUGGACACUGCAAGCAACAACAAUGGAUGGAGAUUUUGGCUCAGUUCAGAUUCAGCCAGACCAGAUGCAGACUAUUAACCCGAUUCUCAUUGUUAUAAUGGUCCCAGUUGUAGAUAUGGCGGUUUAUCCACUAAUUAAUAAGUGUCACAUUAAUUUCACGCCUCUGAGGAAGAUGGCAGUUGGCAUGUUUCUGGCUGCUUUGGCUUUUAUCGUUGCUGCUUUGGUGCAACUGAAAGUAGAUGCAACUCUCCCAACAUUUCCUGAACCAGGCCAGUCCCAAAUAAAAGUAUUAAACUUGGGGGACAGCAAUGCAACAAUUUCUUUUAACACUGGGAAAACUCUUCAUGUGCCUUCUUUGGGAUCAACAAUCUACGAAAAGUUUAACACUGCAGACUUACAUGACGUCAGUGUAACUUAUGAUACUACAGCUAUAAGGAAAGAAUUUACAUUUGUGGAAAAACAACGUCACACCCUUGAAAUAACAAAUGUGGUUGAGAUUCAGGCUGAGCUGCUUGAGGAUGGUCUCACAGUAAAACCAGAGCAAGGAAACAAUAAAAUCAGAUUUAUAAACAACUUGCAUUCAACCAUAAAUAUCACUAUGGAUGGUUUUAAUUUUGGAGAAGUGACAUAUUUCUCUGCCAGCAAUUAUUCAUCUUUCAAAAGAGGAGCAAAAAAGAUUACAAUUGACACUGAUAACCAGACUUGUGAAGGCCAGACUAUGACGUUUGGGUAUGGUAGUGCUUAUACCAUUAUAGUAGAAGGGUGUAACAGCACUGACUUGCGUAUCAGAUACUUUGAAGAUAUUCAAGCCAAUACUGUCAGUAUGGCUUGGCAAAUCCCACAGUACUUCAUUCUUACUUGUGCUGAAGUUGUCUUCUCAGUCACUGGAUUAUCAUUUUCAUAUGACCAGGCACCCAGCAAUAUGAAGUCUGUGUUACAAGCUGGCUGGCUGUUGACUGUGGCUGUGGGCAACAUAAUUGUUCUUAUUGUAGCUGGAGCUACGACAAUUACCCAACAGUGGGCAGAAUAUGUUCUGUUUGCAGGUUUGCUUCUUGCAGUGACCAUAAUUUUUGCCAUUAUGGCCUAUUUUUACACCUAUGUGGACCCAGCUGAGAUUGAAGCCCAGCUCAUAGAGGAAGAGAAAAAGGAGAAUGAAAAGAAAGAACCUAUUCAUGAAAAUGGAACUGUCCCAGUGGUACAGAGUCAGCUGUGAACUUAUAUCCAAGUCUGAACAAGAAUGUAAACUGCCAUCCAGCCGACUGCAUUCCCAGGCUAAGAUCCAAAAGUGUCACAUGCUGUCACAUCACUUGGCAAGGAUGAAUAAAAGUGCAGUCAAAAAGCACACACCCUUCACAGGACUGCUUUUGGUGAUGAAAAUGAGGAAAGCCCAGAAUCUCUUUUUUUUUUGCUGAAUUUGCACUUUAGAGAAAAAUGGUAUCUCAAUCCAACUGCACUUGGCUACAUUGAGAGGACUUUCCAAGUAUUAUUUUUAUACACUUCACCUUUUAAUUUUAUAUGAUGGGAAAGCAGGUAUUCCCAGAUCGACACAUUUUCCCCCAUGCACUACACACACCUAAGGGGCUUUUUUAAUGCUGCCAUGCAAAUAAUGAACGCAUAACUGUUUUUGUGAAAAUAUAUAUCUGAGCCUGCUGAAUGUUAUCACCCUGGUGUUAGUAGAGAAGGCUUUCAUAACCUUCUGCCUAAGAGCUCUGCUCGUGUGUAGCCGUUGUGGUAAAGGAGAACAAAGAAGAUUUGCAUUGUGAAGAUGGAAAGGCGGGUGAAAUAAAACUUGAA